AUGAUAUCGGUAAGAUUCUAUGGAACUACAGCAUAUCUCAUCGACAAAAGUCUUAUACCGAUAGUUUUGUUAUGGAUUGACCCAGUUGUUGGAUAUAAUUUCAUAACAUAUGGUUCAUUCGAUACUGAACGUUGCAGUGAAGGCUUACUUUACAUCGUUCAGAAACCGAAGGACUUCAAUACAAAGAGAUAUAAGAUAGGAAGAACAUUUAAUAUAACUCAAAGAUAUGACUCUACAGUCAAUAGAGUUAAGGUUGUGUUUGUAAAUGAUAUGAGAGCUGCUGAAACAGAACUACUUGAAAAGUUUGAGAAAAUGUAUGGUGCUCCCACGAAAGGUAAAGAAACGUUUGAAGUAGAUGAGAUAGAUAGUGCUAUAAAAUUAUUUGACGAAGUUGCUGAAAAAUACAUGUAA